UCUUCGGCGCGUUAAUGAUGCGCUCGGGCGCUUGGAGACGCUCAGGUAUCUCCAGGGACAAUUAGGUUGAGACGAAUCCGAAGUUUCUGUGGAGAUGCGUUCUGUUGUGCGUGAAGCAAAGCUUCGCACUUCCCAGUCAACAGUGCCAAAAGCAGACAGACGGAUGGAUUUCAUGCUUUGCGAGAUAGAUGGAUAAACAAAAAAGAUGGAUGCUGACGUUUCUGUAGGCUGACAGGAGAAACGAACAUGCCACCAGUAAAACACACAAUUUGCUGGAAACGCAAAGGAACUGUUGGUGUUUUAUCGUGUCCUUGUGUUUUUCCUUAAGGUUAACAACAUGUUGCACACAAGUGAUAACAAGAUACAUGUGGCCAGUAACCUUAUGGAUAUGGACCAGGACCCUCGUAAACGACUCUACUUCUCUGAUGGGCGAAGAAAAGUGGACUAUGUGCUCGUCUAUCACUACCGAAAGAGGUCCCUUGUCAGGGGGUCCCCUAGUCAACAUAGACUGUCUAUCAUUUCUAAUGGAAGUUAUCCUUUGGGAGUGGAAGAGAAAGACCCAGAGGGAGGGAAGGAGGAACCCGCAGAGGUGGUGUUGAACAUCGGACCCCCAGACCCAGCUGAUGGGGAGAAAAUCAUAAUCCGAGAGGAGUUUGAGGGCAAUUUAAAGGAAGCUGGGCUGGAAAUUGAGCAUGAUAAAGAGAGCAAAUUCCACGGCCAUGCUUUCGUUCGCCUACAUGCACCUUGGAACGUGCUGAGCAGAGAGGCAGAGUUUCUCAAGAUCAAGGUGCCCACAAAGAAGAGUUACGAGUUGAGGGAAGAUAAAGGUCUAGUUGCCACCAUGAACGAAGUGUGGCGCAAGAUAAAUCGACCGUUCCAGCCCAACGUUCCCCAUCAGGAGCAAGAGAACAGCCGCACCAAGUUCCUUUCUCACUGUUUCUCCCGGGACAAGCUCCAUCUGUACAACAUCAAGUCAAAAGACACUUUCUUUGAAAAUUCCACAAGGAGCCGAAUAGUGUACGAAAUCCUCAGACGUACUGCCUGCACACGGACCUGCCAAACCAUGGGUAUCACCACGCUAAUAGCUAAUGGCGUUUACGAUUCAGCCUUCCCACUGCAUGAUGGGGACUUUCGGCCCACUGGUCAGGCUGAAGGAAAGAAUGACAGACAGUUGUUACACGAUGAAUGGGCAAGAUACGGCGCUUUUUACAAGUAUCAGCCUGUUGAUCUCAUCAGGAAGUACUUUGGCGAGAAGAUAGGUCUCUACUUUGCUUGGCUUGGUCUCUAUACUCAGUUGCUUAUGCCUGCAUCUGUGGUGGGCAUCAUUGUGUUCUUCUAUGGCUGGGCCACUGUGGAUACAAAUAUACCCAGCCAGGAGAUGUGUGAUGACGGCCAGAACUUUACCAUGUGUCCCCUCUGCGAUCGUGCAUGUGACUACUGGCAUCUGAGCACAGCGUGUGGCACAGCGCGUGCCAGCCAUCUCUUUGACAACCCGGCCACGGUGUUCUUUGCAAUCUUCAUGUCCCUUUGGGCCGCCAUGUUUCUUGAGCACUGGAAGCGCAGACAGAUCAGUUUGAACUAUAGCUGGGAUCUGACAGGCAUGGAGGAAGAAGAGGAACAUCCCAGACCCAAAUAUGAGACGAUUCUCCUUCAGAAGAGACAAAGAAAAAAGAAAAAUAAGAUCACCAAAAAUGAGCCUGAGAGAGGUGUGGAGGAGAGCGGGGAACUGGGCAAGGACAAAUGGAGACAAAGGUUACUGUCAGCUAUGGCAGCUGGGAAUCCGCCUGGACACGAGAAGCUAACAUGGAGGGAUCGACUGCCUGGCUAUUUAAUCAACAUUUCCUCCAUUCUCUUUAUGUUUGGCGUGACCUGCGCGGCUGUGUUCAGUGUGGUAAUUUAUCGCGUCACAAUCUCUGCACUCAUGGCGAUGAACCCAGACCCAGAAGUCAAGUCCAACGUGCGAGUGACCGUAACGGCCACCGCAGUCGUCAUCAACCUGGUGGUUAUUCUCAUCUUGGAUGAGAUCUACGGAAUGGUGGCCGCCUGGCUUACAGAAUUGGAGAUCCCCAAAACAGAGACCAACUUUGAGGAACGUCUGAUUCUGAAGGCUUUUCUUCUUAAGUUCAUGAAUGCUUAUGCACCUAUCUUCUACGUGGCCUUCUUCAAAGGGAGGUUUGCAGGCCGACCCGGUGACUAUGUUUAUAUCUUCAAUGACUACCGUAUGGAGGAGUGUGCUCCUGGAGGCUGUCUUAUUGAACUCUGCAUCCAGCUAAGCAUCAUCAUGCUGGGGAAGCAGCUUAUUCAGAAUAACAUCUUUGAAAUCGGUAUUCCAAAGCUGAAGAAGCUAUGCCGCACUUUGAAGGACAAGGAACGUGACCCCGAGGAGAUUGUGGAGCAGCCGGGGCGCCGCCAACAAUGGCACCUGGACUACGACCUGGAGCCUUUUAAUGGCCUCACACCUGAAUACAUGGAGAUGAUCAUUCAGUUUGGUUUUGUGUCGCUCUUCGUGGCCUCAUUUCCACUGGCUCCACUUUUCGCCCUCUUAAACAACAUCAUCGAGAUCCGCCUCGACGCCAAGAAGUUUGUCACAGAACUUCGCAGACCAGAUGCCGUGAGGGCCAAAGAUAUUGGAAUCUGGUACAACAUCCUGAGUGGUUUGGGAAAGUUCUCAGUUAUCAUCAACGCCUUUGUCAUCGCCUUCACAUCAGAUUUUAUCCCCCGACUGGUCUACCAAUACAUUUACAGUGAGACGGGGACCAUGCAUGGCUUUAUCAAUCACACCCUCUCUUAUUUUAAUGUCAGCAACUUCAAAGCAGGAACCACACCUGCCAUUUCCAGUCUUAACACAGACAUCAUAGUCUGCAGGUACAAGGAUUACAGAGAACCACCCUGGUCAACUGAACCGUAUCAGUUUUCCAAACAGUACUGGUGUGUUCUAGCAGCUCGGCUGGGCUUCGUUAUUUUGUUCCAGAACCUUGUGAUAGCCAUGAGCAUGCUUGUGGCCUGGGUCAUCCCGGAUGUGCCCAAGAACAUCAGCGAACAGCUGAAGAAGGAGAAGACUCUUUUGGUGGAUGUCUUCCUGAAUGAGGAAAAGGAGAAACUUCAGCUUAUCCAGAGCCUGUUCUCCAAAGACCUGACCCAGGAACAUCAGGAGGAGCUACAUGUCCCGGAUCAGACCGCUCUGCCCCUCCAACAAGCCCAGCCUGGAGCGGCCCUGCCCACCCCUGCUCCAGCCUCGACCGCUCCCCGAACCCGACCCAGAGCGGCGAGCUUCAGUCAGUUUACUCGCCAGAUGUCCAUGUCUCCCCGCAGUGACAUCACCCAGCACACGGCUGUGUAAGGGCGGUCGGGUGCGCGGAUUUGUGCGAUUUGACGGGCGCAGCGUCUUUCACCAUGCCUGAAGGGUGGAUUUUGAAAAUUGCGAGUGCGAGAAGAGUUUGAAGCCGCUGUGUUUGGAGUUUUGGGAACAUGAUGUCCUCUGUCUUCUGUUUUUCUGUGGAGCAUCAUGGGAUCGUCUUCUUUCGGUGACUGAACUUGUACGGCUGGUUUUUAAAGCCUCAGAUGUUCUUCAGGGUCAUCUGACACAUGAAGUUGCCACAGAGCCUAGCUUCAAUAGGACGGCUUACAGAUGCUAUCAUUCCAUGCGCGUUAGUGUUUGAUGAGCACGGUAUCACAAACAGGUGCUGGAAUCCCUCGAACCACGUGGAAUGUUUUGUUUUUCCCUGAUCUUGUCUCAAACAAGGGUGUUUAUGGGCGCAAACUCAAAGAGUCGGGCAUGUUUGGUGGACUCCCAUAGACUUUGCAUAAUCUGUACAUGCUGUCCAAAUGCAAACUGCCUUGCACACUGAUGUAGCAAAUAGCAGCAAAUAAUAAACCUUUCAUUUUCUCAGGAAACAGCGUCACUGUAGGCUGUAUUGUUUCCAUAAAUAUGACCUUUCUUGAUUUAAUAACAAGUAUGAUACGUGUUAGUAAGUUAAGGUGCGUAAAUCACAUUUGCUGUGCAAACUACAUGGUACUACAAUGUAUUCUGUAAUAUGAAACGUGGCAAAAAAUGUACUGUUUAAUCUUAUUUAAGCGAUGCCGCCUCAUAAUGUAACACAUGAACUGAAAUCCAAUGUACAAGCACAAUUAAGGCAACUUGUAAUUAAAUUUGCAUUUUGUCAAUCAACACAUUUAUGCUAUUUCUGCUUCUGAAGAUGGUGAAGGGCUUCAUCUGUGGUCACAGUAGAUCACACAGCGUAGAUUGUGAAACAGCUGGUCUUUUUGUGCCAUGUCAACUAUAAUCCUCCCAUGAAUUCACCGUCACCAGGCAGUGUGGGAGGGGAGGCUGGGGACACUUGUCCUUCAGGGAGGAAACAGGGGAACAGGGAUGUAUGUUGUGUGCCAACAUCUGGUCAUCAAGUCAUCAUUCUGUAUGCCUCGUAGGAUUUAAUACUCAUGCAAGAAGAAUAAAUAUUAAAUCCCAA